AUGGCCGAAGACAUCCCCCUCAUCCUGGAUGAUGCCAUGUCCGGCAUCGCAGGCAUGUCGGGCGACGUUCCGGUCGGCCUCGGCGAUGUCGAUGUUGACGAUGUCGACUUGUUUGGUGGUCCUGUAGAUCUGUCUUUGCCGUCGCAUCGGCCACCAUCGAAGCAGCUCCAGCUUCGCAUCGACGAGCAGCGUAUUCGGGGAUGCAACCAGCGAAUUGCUUGGUCGAAACAAGGCACCAUUGCAAGCAUUGGUGCCGACGGCCAGUCCAUCGAACUUCGGUACUUGCGAACCGAUGCUGAGGAUGCGUCCUGGGCCCUUAGCGAGGCCACUUCGUAUGCACAGUUCAGUUCGAGCAAUACGCAAACCACGUUUGCGGGCGGUCCCAUCGUUCAUCUUGCCUGGGCCGCGACAGGCCAUUCGGAGCUCGCCGUCAUUGACUCCGUCGGUCGCGUGAGCAUACUUGCUUUCUCUACCAGCUUGAACAAGCCAUUUGCUCUGCGGUCAUGGGAAGCCGAUCCAGUCGAUGACCUGCACGCCGUGGUCGGAUGCUACUGGCUGCCCAUUGUGCCCGCCAACAAACAGUACAAUGUCAUCUACGGACCAGCCGUCCGAGAGGAGAGCGGCUACCGCUACGAGACAACGCUCGUCCAUGCGUCCGGACCGUACCACCCAAACCCGAACAAGAGUGCCCUGCUUUGCGUCACAGUCAGCGGUACUCUGCGGCUCCUUUUCUCCCAGAAUAGCAAUCUGGUCCAAGACACAAGCAUUGAGCUGGAAAACAUCACAUCCUCCGACGACCUGACAUCUCAUGCUUCUAUAUGCACGGACAAGAACAUGCUGUUGAUUGCCAUGGUCACGGCCUCGCGCCAGCUAAAGGUCGUACGAGCCGCUAUCGGCUGGAACCAGUCACAACAGGACAAACAGGCACCACUCCAGAGCCAGCAGUUGAACCCUAUGCUGCAGCACAAGCCAACAGCCGUUACAACCUGGCUACAGCAUAGUGGCGGGGAGUCACAGCUCGACAUCUCAUCAGACCUGGUAUCACACGUCGAGAUGCUACCUUCGGCUCUUCCCACUGGUGCCAACCAGUGGUCGCAGCCACUUGUUAUAGUUGUCCGCGAAUACCUCCCCACGCAAAGUACGGCCAGCUAUCACCCAGAGCCGCAGAGCAUCGUCGACCGAUGGGAGCUAGUCACCGAGUCACCACCGCAACCACUGCACCCGGCCUUCGAACAGCUGGGCUUCAAGCCGACCCAGAGCAUCCCACAAACCGGCAGCCAAGCUCACACACGGCUGAACAAGCUGCCGCCCGUUAUCAUCAACAAGCUUAUCAUCUCUAUCCAGAAUCUGCACCACGGCCGGGUUGUCUGCUUCUUCUUCAGUGACGGAACACUACAAUACCGUGACCGGUUUACCUUUGAGGAGGUCUUCAACGAGCCCAACCCAGCAAGGAUCGCGUCGCUUCAGCAUGCCGGCUUCCAGUUCUCAGACCCUACGCCUUGCCUUGCUGCCGUCCUGUCGCCCACAAACUGCUCUUUUGCGCAGGUGUGUGAGGACGGCAAGGUGAAGUGGAACAAUCUCAAGUACACAGGGCCGGAUCUUGCACCGACAGGCCCGGACCCAAACUACGCUGCUAUAGUUGCCGGUCUCACGACGGCCGUUUCUACCUCGUCUGCCAAUAUCAUCUCGUACGACGACAUACUCGCAACAGCUCGCCAGUUCAUCAACCGUCCAAGAUUUGCCUACGAGUGGAUGAUGGAGAUUGUGCGCAUAUUGAAGAUCAACGUGGACUACUCGGAGGAUGCUCACCACGACCAGUUGGUCAGAAACAAUUCGCUGCAUCUCUGUCUGAGUAUCCUCAACCACCUCGGCUUCCGCGGCGAGUUCAAGCCGCGGUCGUUCUACGGGAAGUUCUCCAUGUUGGCGCUUAACAUGCGCAACAUUGUCAUCUUGAUCACCAUCUCCAGCAACGCACCAAGCAACCUCAAGGUAAACCCGCUUGAUGAGCCAGAUGUCGUCGAUGCGCUCGCUGGCUGCGCGAAAUGGGCGGUUGACUUCCUUGCUUACACGUGCGACUGCAUCUUUAACCUGUUGGACGACCCCAAGUUCCUGUCUUUCCUGACGGGGAACAACUUCAACGAAAUGGUCCCUUAUCUCCUUGAAAAGAACGAGAUUGCCCUGCACCUCAUUCUUUGCUCGUCCACCAGAGGCUUCCUCUCUGCUGCUUGCCGCCGCCUGCUGCACCUGGACUCGAUAUCGUCCCGGGCCACCAAGUUCUAUGAGCAGCAACAGCAAACGCCCACGGGCGCCGCAAACGGGAACUCGUCCCUCCGCCCUGCCCUCAUCAUGGCGUAUCAAAAGAUGCAACAGUACACGUCCUCCAGUCUGAUCAAGGUCCAGGAGUUUGACAAACUUCUGUGGGCCCUGGGUGAGGACAUUCGCCACACGUACCAAUCCACGGCAGCCGCCCAGAGCGGUGCCGCAGCGAAGAACCGGGGACAGAACCAGGGACAGAACCAGGCCACGGACAAUGCAGCAAAGCGAUUCCAGGCCCACUGCGAAUUGACUCUGCUGCUCGCUAACAACCCGCCCGCGCAUUUCCAGCCGCUACUACGCAAGUUCUUCAAUACCAACGUGCGUCAGUUCCGGACGCUCACGGACCCUGCAAAACUGUAUUUUGCAGACUAUAGCAUUCUUGACGUCGAGGACGACUACCGUAGUCUGCAAGAGAAGCGGGCGCGCCAUACCCACAUUGACGUGUUCAAGCGCGUUGAGCUGAAGCCGACGAGCAGCACCAGCGGUGCCAGCGGAAGCAGUGCGGCCAAUGCGGCCGGUCAUCCGACCACGUUGCCGCCACACUCGGCACCGUCCGAGUACUACCGGCGCUGUGCUCGGUGCACGUCGAUUAUGGAAGACAUCACCGGAUCUCGGCCAGGCUAUACAUUUGUGCUGGCGCAGCAGCGGAAGUGCAGCUGCAGUGGAAACUGGGGCCUGCUUCCACGGAGCGCGUUUGUCGGAUAG